UGGAAAGAGAGCUUGAGAGAUCGAGAGCUAUGGAGGCCGGCAAGAAAACCAGGGGCCGACAGAAAAUUCCGAUGCGCCGGAUCGAGAAAGACGGCGAUCGAUUCGCGACGUUCUCGAAGCGGCGCAAAGGUUUCUACAAGAAAGCGACUGAGCUUUGCUGGCUGUCCGGUUGCGAUAUCGGGAUAGUUCUGACGUCUCCGACGGGGAAGAUGUUCUCGUUCUUCAAUCCGUCGCCGGAGUCGAUCAUCCGGCGAGUGUUCGGCCGGGGGAUAAACCUUGACGGCGGCGAACUCUCUCAGGCCGUCGACGAGCACUCUCGGCGACGAGUCAACGAGCUCUACGAGAUGAUCGACGGCGUGGAGGCUCGGAGGGAGGUUUUGAAUCAGAAAUCGAAGGCGCUGGAUCAGAGCAUUUCGUCGAACACCUGGUGGGAGACUCCUGUCUCCGACUUCUCCUUGGAAGACGUUGAGAGGUGCCAAGCUUUCCUGGAAGAGCUACAGACUAAGGCGAGUAUCUGCUUUGAUGCACUUAAUAAUGGCGGCGGUGGAUCUUCAAUCUCCAUAGCCUCUCAACCACAAAAUGCUGCAGUGUUCUCCCCAUAUCCCUUGCUUCCUUCAAACGCAGGAAAUGUCUGAUCUGAUCUUCCAUGGUUAGAUUGCAGUUUGAUGGAUCAAAGGAUGUUCUAAAAGUAGGGUUGAUGAGGUUAAGGGUUUAAGUUCAUUUCUUCAUGCAUGGCAAUGAGGGAUUAUUAUUUAUUACAUAUUGAUAUUUUAUAUAUCUAUGCAUUUCAAUUUUAUUUCGAGUUUUAUUAUAUAGUACAAUAAAUCGGAUUGCUUGAAUUAUAACGGAUCGAUAUAACUGUACUUGACUUGAUAUAUAGUCAAGA